AUGAGGCACUUUGAUCCCCUGCGGUUGCUCGCUUUUGCUUUGCUGCUUGUUGGCCUCGUUGCUGCGUGGUCCAAAGAAGAUCAUGAGAUAUUUCGUCUUCGAGAUGAACUCCACGCCACCCAGGGCCUCAAUGUGACCUUCUACGAUUUCCUCGGCGUCAAGCCCAAUGUCGGCCAAAGUGAGCUCGUCAAGGCCUACCGCAAAAAAUCCAAGCAAUUGCAUCCGGACAAGGUCAAGCGUGCCUUCAUCGCCAACUACGCUCGUCCUCGCAAGGCCAAACCAGGUGCUAAGCCUGGAGUUCACGUCUCCAAGGGCCCUACGGACCGCGAGAUCGAGAAGGCCCACAAACGGGCCACCGAACAGUUCGCUCGUCUUGGUCUGAUUGCCGAUAUCCUCAAGGGCCCGAGCCGUGAACGAUACGAUCACUUCUUGAACAACGGAUUUCCCGCGUGGAAGGGUACUGGAUACUAUUAUAACCGCUUCCGUCCUGGCUUGGUUAGCGUGUUGUUCGGACUGUUCCUUGUCUUCGGUGGAGCUGGACAUUACGCUGCCCUCACGCUGAGCUGGAAACGACAGAGAGCAUUCGUGGAACGAUAUGUCAAGCAUGCUCGCCGUGCCGCGUGGGGUGAUGACUUUAGUAUUCCAGGUAUCUCUGGCCUGGGUGAGACUGCCACUGCCUCCGGCGCAUCUACCAGUGCCCCUGCUGCUGAGAAUACCACCGAAGAGGCCGCCGCCGCUGCCGCCGCCAUGCCCGUGAACAGACGACAGAAACGCAUGAUGGAGAGGGAUAGUCGCAAGGAAGGAAAGAAGCCCGUCAAGGCUGCCAAGGCUCCCAAACCCGCUGCUGUACGCGAAGACUCCUCUGGCCCUGAAACUGGUACUGCGACCCCUGUUGGCGUCGAGACUAGAAACAGGAAGAGGGUGAUUGCUGAGAACGGCAAGGUCCUCCUGGUUGAUUCUUCUGGCGACGUAUACCUGGUUGAAGAGAAUGAAGAUGGCGUCAAGGAAGAAUUCCUCCUCGACGUCGACGAGAUCCCAAAGCCUACUAUUCAGGAUACCAUGGUCUGCCGACUUCCCAUGUGGAUCUACAAUAGCACUGUUGGACGUGUCAUUGGUUCGACCUCUACUUCGUCCGCGUCCGAUUCGGCCGAGCAGUUUGAAGAGGAAGAGAAUGCUCAGGAGACGGUCGAAGAAGUAGGACGUUCUUCUAGUGGGCAGAGGAAGAAGAAGGGUAGAAGAGGAUAA